AUGGUGCGGAGGACGGCGACCUCUUUAGCUCCGAUGUUGAGAUUUGGCCUCCGAACAGUCUUGAGGGCUACAGUGAUGAGGAGCUUCAUUCGCGUCCCUUUCGUCCUCCUCCUCGUGGUAGCCGCAUUCAGCUGGCGCUCGGUGUUUCGCCGCGGCGUCACGCAGGCGCCCUUAGUCGACGAGGACGCGUCCCUGUUCGACGCCGAGGACGCGUCCCUGCUUGACGCCGAGGCCCUCAACGCGACCCUCUACAACCUCACCGACGCUGAGGCUGGCGGGGUGGAGCUGCAGCAGGAAGUGCUGGACCUUAUGGGCGGGAGACUAGAAUCCGUCUACGCCGCCGGCGGGCAGUCCCACAUUAUCUCCAUCUGGCGGAGCAUGAGAUACGCAGGGAGUCGGCCGGGGCUUUUGGCCCGACGCCGGUUCCCCGCUCGGCCGGAGCACCCCGAUCGCGGCCGGCUGUUCCAGGAGUUCCGCUGGCGGCUCAGCGAUUGGUUCCUCGACAGUCGCGGACUCCAGCCGGAGGUCAUGUCGGAACUCAUAGAGCGCAUCAAGCGCCCCAUCGAUCGGCACUACGGGUACCCGCACACCGGCCGGCCAUACGCCACCUGCGCCGUGGUCGGCAACAGUGGCGUCCUCCUCAAGUCCGCACACGGCCGCCUCAUCGAUGGUCACGACCUCGUCAUCCGCCUCAACAACGCCCGCACCGCGGGCUACCAGCAGCACGUCGGCUCCAAGACCACCAUCUCCUUCAUCAACAGCAGCAUCCUCCACUCCUGCGCCAUGCGCCUGGGCUGCUACUGCAACCCGUACGGCCGCUUCGUCCCCAUCGUCGUCUACAUUUGCCAGCCAGCCCAUUUCCUCGACUACCUCAUCUGCAAUUCCACCCACAAGUCCCCGCUGCUCGUCACCGACGGCGGGUUCGACACCCUCUGCACCCGCAUCGUCAAGUACUACUCGUUGAAGAGAUUCGUCGAGGAUACCGGAAAGCACCCCAUGUUGUGGGGCAAGUUCCACGACGAGAAGCUGUUCCAUUACUCGUCAGGGAUGCAGGCCGUCAUGCUCGGGUUGGGCAUCUGCAAGAGGCUGAACGUCUUCGGGUUCGGCCAGUCGGUGGAUGCGAACCACCACUACCACACCAACCAGACGGCGGAGCUGAACGUGCUCGAUUACGCGGCGGAGUACGAUUUCUACCGCGAUCUGGUCGAGCGGCCGCAGGCGAUACCGUACCUGAGAAUCACCAAAAUUAAGGUCCCUCCUGUUGUUUUCUACCACUGA